AUGUCUGAAGGACUUUUCGUACCUGCAACUAGCAAAGCUGUCUUUGAUGAACUCGUCGCCUCAGCUGGAGAUAAACCAGUAUUUGUAGAUUUCUAUGCUACUUGGUGUGGCAAGUGCGAACUCCUCAAGCCAGAUUUAGAGGCCAUCGCAGAAUAACAUAAAACUGAAGCAGUUUACAUUAUGGUCGAUGUAGAGGAGAAUGACGAAGUCGCUGAAGAAUUUCAAGUUGAAAGCUUACCAACAGUCAUCUACCUCUAAGGAAAGGAAAAGAAGGGUGAGAUGAAGGGAUCAAAGCCAGAGAAUUUCAAGAAAUUCAUGGAGGAGGUCUUUGCUAAAUGA